UUCUGGUGGUUCCGCGGGCACACUGUUAACAUAAACAAAAACUGCAAGAUGCAGGCAUUUUAAUUGAAAAAAAAAAAACACUUUAAUUACUCGUUAUACGAUAUUUAAGACAAGACAUCUGUUACGUGGAGAAAUAAAGAUAAGCCGGGGUAUUUGUUGCGGUUGAUGUUGGUUGUUUGCUGAUUGCGGGUGUUGACGAGGUAUUUGCCUUACCAGCGCUAUGAAGAAGCGGAGCAGUUGCAGUUCGGAGGCGUUCAAGGAGCAGCAGAUGGACAGUGACGACAUCAGCCUGCUCCAGCGACCAUUGCGCACGGCCCACACGGGCUUCGAGGAGGCGCGUCGAGCCUACGAGGAUGGCACUAACGAGGUGCGCCAGCUGCUCAGCCAGGAGUGCAGCCUCAUAUACGAGUGCAAAGUUUGCCGCAACAUGUUUCGCAGUCUUGCAAAUUUCAUCAGCCACAAGCGGGUCUUCUGCUGUGUGAGUGCCCGCACAGCCCAGCAGAACGGAUACACAGACCACAACUCCACCAUGAUCAUACAAACGGGCAACGCGUCAUCGCAUCAGGACAUUGAGCACAUGCUGCGUAGUCGUAGCACUGGCUGCUCGCCAGUUCCUCGCGAAGUUCGUCCCAUACGCGGUAGUAUGCGGGACCUGAGUGGCGUCAUCGAGCGUCUGCGACGCGAGAAGGCACCCUCGGCCGUGCAAAACACGCCCACGGUGCUGAAGCUGGAGUCGGUCCCGACCUCCAGUCAGGCCGUGUACCAAACGAUUAAAACCGAUGACCAGGAUGACAGCAUACGAACCGAAAUAAACGAGGUGCAUCAUAUGCUCAAUCCCGGAAGAACGAUUGUCGGCCCAGAUGGUAAGGCAAUGACCACAAUCAAAUGCGAGCGCCAAGGCGGCAGUGAAUCGGGCGAAACGGCCGAGCAAUCUAUCAGCGAUGACACAGAAGCAAACAUAUUGUGCGAGAUAUGCAACCUAACAUUUCAAACUCAUAAAACUCUGAAAGUGCACAUACAAAAGAAUCACUCGGCGUCGACGUUUGUGUUUCAGUGUCCAGCCUGUUCUGAGACCUUCCUGCAGGCUGCAGCAGUUAUACGUCAUUUAACCAACAAUCACAAGAAACCCACGCGUCGCAUUCGAAUGAUGCGUAGCAACAUUAUCAAGAAUCCCAUACAACAAGGAGACAUUCAGACCAAGGGGCCCUCGCGCGAGCUGAAGCGCCUUCAGAUGUCCGAUGACGUGGUUGGCUAUGCUCCAGAGCCGGCAGAUUCGAGUGGUGAGAAGCUUAAAAUUAUGUCACCGUGCAUUUACUGCGACAAGUCGUUCGAGCGUCGGGCCGCCUUGUCCACCCACCUGCUCAACUGUCGAGCCAAGCAGAAGGCGCUGGCCAAGCCUGCUCCUGGGGUCAAGAAGCUGAAAGCGAAAGCGAAAGCAAAUCUGAGCAAUGCCUCUAGUGUUGAUGGAGCUGAUGCAGAGAAUGCAACAGAUUCUGACGCCGUAGAUCUGUCGGCCAUCGAACGUACCAUUAAGCAGGAACCUGACGGCGACACGAUUGUUCUCAACGAAAUGUUUGCCGACGUGGCGAAGAAGAAUGACUCAUUCGUAACGGGGCUGCAUACGGUCUCACUGGACAAGCUUCACCUGCCCGACGAGUCCGACUCGGGCAGCGCCGGAUCUACCAAUACCAACAUCAGUGAGGAGUCGCUCGCGCAAGAGUCCAAUCCCGAUGAGACCAAGGCCAAGGUGAAGAAGAAGCGCAGUGUGCCCCUUGAGAAGCAACUGCGCUGCCGCUGCAAGCUGUGCAACAAGGAGUUCAAUGCCCUGGGCAACCUGCGUCGACACAUAUCUAUGUUCCAUUACAAGAAGUCACGCUUUGGCUGCAACAUGUGUAACUAUCGCGCUUUUCGUCGCUACGACAUUGUCAACCACUUGGGUUUCGUCCACAAGAUCGAAGGCGAUCGCGACCAGCUAACCGAGCAGUACGUGACGACCCACGCGUGCGAGUACUCGCGCGAAGAUGUGGAUGCCGAUAUAAUUUUGGUGGAUGAGGAGGAGGAAGCCGAUCGCCUGGCACUGGACGAGCUUGAGACCAAGCCACCAAUCAAGACAUACGAGAAACGGAUGAAGCGUGCUAAGACGUCUGAGCCAGCGGGAGACGCUAGUCUCAUAUUACCUUCGACUGCGAUAAAGAAGGAAUCCGACCUGGAACCGGCCGAUCCCAUCCCCAGCAAGAAGCGUCGCAAAUCACGCAUUCAGAUAUCUCCCGAUUCCGGCGACCAGACAACGGAGAAGCGUCCCACACGCAAGCGGGUCAAGGCGGUCAACAAGGACUUUGUGUACGAGAUGGUCCGUUCGAAGCAAGAUGGCUCCGGCACACUGACAGCACCAGCUCCCCUGGCCACGGAGUCCAUGCGCGCCAAGCUGCGCCGCCAUGCAGGCAACGACGAGAACAAACCAAAGCAAUGGGAGGCCUACAUAACAGAGGCCAAGAAGCCACUGGUUCAAGGUAUCACACGUCGCAUUAUGCUGGAGCUUGUCAGCCAAGGACGCGCAGUGUCUGCCACGCUGCCAGAGCUGCCAUCCGAGCGGCCGCAGAUACGACCGCGCCUCAUCUCUCACACACGCAGCGAAAGCCAGCAGCUGCAGCAGCAAGAUGUGGUGGAGCCCGAGAGUUUUUUUGAGAAGAUUGCAAAGCGUACGGCAGCCGGCGGCAAGGACGCCGUCAUAAGUAACCUGUGGAACAAGGUCAACACAGCGAGGGCCCAGCAGCAAGGGUUGCCCAAGAAGGAGGAAUCUAAAUCGGAGUGCCCAAUGGGGAGCACGCCGCCCAAUAGCAAACCGACUCCAAUGGAGUCACCGCCAUCGCCACCUCGCAAAAGCCAGGCCAACGUUUCAGCUGUGACACCCACCCAGGCGACACCGACAUCAACACCAACACCAAUGCCCAAGCCAGCGCCGUUUCAGUCAUCAUCCGCUGGUAUGGAAUGCCUGAGCAGCAACAGCAGCCAAGCGGCCAAAUUUCCGGCAUUACCGAAGCCGCCAUCCGUUCUACAGGCAGCUGCCAAUGGCACCAUCCAGCUCACAUUGGAUAGUCUCCUGCGCGCUGCCCUGCAGAACUGAGCGGAACCAGAAGAGGAAGCACACAACCGGAAAUGGAAACCGCACUCACUAUUUUCCACUGUUUUUGUCCCUUUCCUUCCAUUCUGUACGGUUUUCUUGAAACUUUGCGCUUUUCUUCCCAAUGGCGUUGCUGUCUCAUUUAACGUUUAAACACAUACAUGUAAUUCACUGGUGUCCUUAUUAUAUAAAAAGCAAGUAUGAAAUUAAGAAACAGAAACUAAGUAUCCCUAGAUGGUAGAUCGCUUAGAGUAUUACGCUAUGGAACAACCAAAACAUAUGGAAAAUUAUAGUAUAAUUUUGCAGAUAUUAUAGAGAAUGUUCGUUGUUUGCUGCCUGCUGAAUGGCAAGACUACAGAAUUUUUAAAAUGUUAUAGCUAAUAAUUUGUAUGUACCUAAUUUUAUAGAGAACUGCAAAACCCCCCCUAAAAUAAGGCCCCACAAUUUUAUAUAAAGUGUACAUAUGUACAUAGGAUAGGUAUUGUAUUGUAUUGUAUGUACAACAGGCUGCCCUGCCCGGCUGCUACUUUAGUCGUACGAUAUACUGUAUACUGUAUGCUAAAACCAAACCAAAA